UGGACACCAGUUGGUCAAAAAGUCAAGCAGGGCGGCGUGUAUGGAUGGUGGACGCACGAGGUGGUAGGAGAACGGCUGCUGUUACCUAACUAAAGCUGGAAAAAAGUGCAGCCAGUCCUGCUGAGGGAUUAGCUCCUUCCGCUGUGCUGUGAGGGAACCAAGAAUAACAAGGAUUACAGGGUCAACCUCCUCUCCACAACAUGGUCUUCCCUUCAGUGAUGGUGUUGCCCCUGCUGAUCGUCACGGCGGCAGGGCUAUACUACAUCUACAAUGAGCUCAUGCAGUACAUGGCCAAGUCUUUAGUGCGCAACAAAGUGGUGGUGAUCACUGACGCUGUGUCCGGUGUAGGACACGAGUGUGCUCAUCUCUUCCAUAAGGGUGGAGCCAGGCUCAUCCUGUGUGGAGCAAACUGGGAUAAGCUGGAGUCUCUGUAUGACUCUUUGACAAAUGAUGCUGACCCAAGUGAGACCUUUGCCCCCAAACUGGUAAUCCUGGACUUUAGCGACAUGGAGAGCAUGGAGGACGUGACGAGCGAGGUGGUGGAUUGUUAUGGAUGCGUGGACGUGUUGAUUUGUAACAGCAGCACGAAGCUCAAGGCUCCAGUGCAGAGUGUUUCCCUUGAACUGGAUAGAAACAUCAUGGACAUCAACUACUUUGGCCCGAGCACUUUGACAAAAGGAAUUCUUCCCACCAUGAUUCCAAGAAGAUCAGGACAGAUUAUCUUGGUCAACAGCAUCCAGGGCAGACUGGCUGUCCCAUUCAGGAGUUCCUAUGCAGCUUCUAAGCAUGCAGUGCAGGCCUUCUUUGACAGCCUUCGGGCUGAGGUGGAGGAGUACGGGAUCACCGUGAGCACUAUCAGUCACACUUUCAUCGAUGCCACUGCCCCGGCGUCUCCUGAAGAGCCUGCCUCCAAAUCAAACAGCUUGGCUGCAUUCGUCGCCAGGCGGUUGAGCCACGGAAUCCGUCCCUCAAUCCUGGCCAAUGAGAUUAUGCGAACGGUGAACCGGAAGAAGAAGGAAGUUGUGCUGGCUCAUCCCAUUCCUAGGGUGGCAGUUUACCUCCGAUCUUUCCUCCCCUCUUUCCUCUUUGCUGUCCUGGGUGCUGGAGUGAAGGACUCGCUCUUGGCUGAGCAGAUGCAAUAGCAGAAGAAAAGGCCAGAAAGAAGCUUCAAUUGUAUUGUGGAUAAGAAAUAAGAAGUCCGAUUAAAAAUGAAAGCCAAGUAACCAACUUCAAUGCAUCAUCCCACAAAAUGAAGCUUAAUUGGUCAAAUGCUGACAGAGACUAUUCUGCUACUUUUCCAAAUGAUCAUUUUAAACUUGACAUGACAUGAACAGUUGCCAUAAUAUUCAAAUCACUCAAAUAAUAACACAAAUGAUAUUGCGUAUUAAAAAUCUAAAGUUUGCUUAUUGCAUGUCAUUAAUAAAAGAGACAUUUACCUUGA